AUGGUGUCCUUAUUUUCUAAAUUUGGACCGAAUAGGUCCGAGGCCACUGAAGUACAGGUCGAAAGCAAAGAUGAUCGGUACGACUCUUCGAGCAUCGAGUCUGCAGAGAAGCAGACCGGUGUCCAGAAGGUCGAGGCCAUUGCAUUGACCUGGUCGAAAUCUUCCUUAUGGGUUGCCUAUGCUGGUAUCCUUUUGAUGGCGACUUCGACAUCACUUGAAGCGCAGACAACAUACCUGUAUUCCUCGUAUGCGCUGUCUGGAUUCGGGUUCCAUUCGCUCCUGUCGACCAUUUCGAUCGUUACAGGUGUCAUGUAUGCCGUUGUGAAGCCUCCCAUGGCAAAGGUUGCCGACGUAUUCGGUCGUUUCGAAGCCUUCGUGUUUGCCAUUGUCCUCUUCGUUAUCGGGUACGUUAUGCUAGCGGCCAGUAACUCCGUUCAGACAUAUGCUGGCGCCCAGGUCUUCUAUGCAGCUGGCUCUACCGGCCUGCUCAUUCUCCAACAGGUCUUUGUUGCCGAUACCACCGAUCUGUUGAAUCGUGCCUUGUUCUCCUCGCUUCCCGAUUUGCCGUUCCUUUGGACCGUCUGGGCCGGCCCUGAGGUUGGUGCUGCUGUCUUGAAGGGCACUACCUGGAGAUGGGGUUACGGUAUGUGGGCUAUCAUCUUGCCAGUCUGCUCUCUUCCUCUCCUCGGCGCCCUCUUCGCCAACAUGUUGAAGGCAAAGAAGAAGGGUCUUCUCCCACCAAGCAAGCUCAAAGAACAUGGCGUCGGUGGCUUCUUGGUCAAGACGUUCUGGGAUUUGGAUAUCAUCGGAAUGCUGCUGUUCACUGCUGCUUUGUGCUUGGUAUUGAUUCCUCUUACCCUCGGCGCCGGUGCCACUGGAAAAUGGAAGAACCCAAGCUUGAUUGCCAUGAUGGUCGUUGGAGGUGUCUGCUUGAUCGCCUUCCCAUUCUUCGAGAUGUCGAAGAAGUUUGCUCCAAGCCCUCUUCUUUCGCUCAGACUCCUUAAGAACCGAACUGUUCUUGCCGGUACCCUCAUUGCCGUCUUCUACUUCAUGGCUUUCUACCAAUCCGUCUUCCCAUAUUUCUACUCAUACCUCGUCGUCGCCAAUGAGCAAUCCGUCGUUUCUGCCGGUCGUAUCGUCCUUACCUUCUCCUUCACUUCCACAGUCUCAUCCAUCAUCAUCUCCUUCUUUAUCAAAUGGACUGGUCACUACAAGUACUUCGUCUGCGCCGGUGGUCUCAUCUAUAUCCUUGGAUUCGGACUCAUGCUCCGAUAUCGUGUUGAGGGCUCUACCCGUGCUCAGAUUGUUAUCAACCAGGUCCUCGUCGGUCUCGGUGGUGGAUUCCUUAACGUUCCUGCACAAUUGGGCGUUCAAUCCGUCGUUCCUCAUCAAGAUGUCGCCGCGGCCACUGCAUUGUUCCUUACUGCCAUCUCCGUCGGUCAGGCCAUCGGAUCUGCUAUCUCUGGUGCCAUCUGGACCAACAACCUCCUUCCAAAGCUCAACCAGUACCUUCCAGAAGAUGUCAAGGUCAAUGCUACUCUCAUCUAUUCCGACUUCACCCAUGCCAGCUCUUACCCAUCUGGCGGUGAGGCCAGGCUUGCCAUCAACAGGGCCUACCAGGAGACCAUGAGAUUGAUGUUGAUCGGUGCUUUGGUCAGCGCUGUUCCAAUCGUUUUCCUUACAUUCUUCAUGGAGAACGUAGACUUGAAGGCCGGACAGCAGAACACCAAGGGUCGUGUCUUCGGCAACAGUGGUUUGGACGCUGAUGACCGAGAAGAAAGUGCCGCCUACAGCAGAGGACAGACGGAGGCCCCCGCAGUUAAAGCCUAG